AUGUUGUUGCAGCGCGUCAUGUUCCUCCCACUAUUCACUCAGUGGAACAGGCAAACCACCAAAAAUCUCAUUCCUCGCUUCCCCGCUGUGCGGCUGACCGGCUUCAGGAGCAACUCGAGCGUCCCAGAUGUGAAGGAGCGGACCCUCAUUGCUGUCAAACCUGACGGCGUCCAGCGUCGUCUCGUGGGACAGAUCAUCCGGCGCUUUGAGCAGAGGGGCUUCAAGCUGGUGGGCCUGAAAAUGCUGCAGGUGUCCGAGGAGCUCCUGUCUCAACACUACUGCCAACUGACGCAGAAGCCCUUCUAUCCCAGUCUGGUGGACUACAUGACCACUGGGCCCGUGGUUGUCAUGGUGUGGGAAGGGCAGAAUGUGGUCCAGUCAUCGCGUGCGAUGGUGGGACCCACCAACCCUGCCGCGGCCCCAGCAGGCACCGUCCGAGGAGAUUUCAGCCUUCACGUCAGCAGGAAUGUGGUCCAUGCCAGUGAUUCCCUGGAGGGAGCGCAAAGGGAGAUUCAGCUGUGGUUCCAGGGAAAGGAGCUUGUGAAGUGGGACUGCUGGGACCAGACAUUAACCUGCGAGGAGUAA